GCCCAACAAAAGGAAAAUUCUUGACAGCAAAAAAAGUUCCCCAUCGCUCGAACCAAGCAACAGCUCAUCGCUACCCCCAAAAUAUUUCACAAUGGUCAAACCAAGAAAGAAGUCCAAGCGGGUUCCUGUUCGUCUCCGCCAUAAAAUCGAGAAGCGUUCUAACGAAAAGGCUCGUAAGGAACGAAAGGAGGCCAAAAAGCACCCGGAACUCCACCGAAAAAAGAAGAAUGACAAACUCAAUAUCCCAAAUAGCUUUCCUUACAAAGAUCGCUUACUUUCCGAGAUCGAAGAGGGAAGGCGGCUGAAAGAAGAGGAGCAAUUGCGAAGGAGAGAGCUUGCAAAGCAGAGGAAGAAGGAGUUAGCGGACGGGGCGGAGGGCAAAGAGGAUGCUAUGCAGAUACUGGAAGAGGGUGAUGAGGGCUCCAGCGAGUUAUAUAGCGAUGCUAUGGAUGAAGAUGAUGCCGAUGCUGGAACUGGAGGCUCUGCAAUGGCGGCCCUCCUAGCAUCAGCGCGAGCGAGAGCUGCAGAAUAUGAAGCCGAACAUGGUGACCUCAGCGGCGAAUCUGAUGACGAUUCAGAUUCAGAAACAGGCAUCCCAGAUAUCGAAUCCAAGAGUACUCGAAAAGAUACCUCGCGAAAAGCCUUCGACAAGAUGUUCAAGCAAGUGGUCGAUGCCGCCGACGUAAUUCUCUACGUCCUAGACGCCCGUGACCCCGAAAGUACCCGUUCCCGCGAUGUGGAAAGACAAAUGAUGGCGGCUGAUGGCGGCGAGAAACGAUUAAUCCUCAUCUUGAACAAGAUCGAUCUCGUGCCGGCAACCGUGCUGAAAGGGUGGUUGGAUUAUCUUUGUAGAUACUUCCCGACCCUGCCGCUAAGGGCGAGUGGGUCUGCUUCGAAUGCCCAAACUUUUGAUCACAAAUCUCUGACGGCACAGGGCACUUCGGCUACUCUUCUGAAGGCUCUAAAAUCAUUUGCACAUGCCAAACAGCUCAAACGGUCUGUAUCAGUGGGUGUAAUUGGAUACCCCAAUGUUGGAAAAUCAUCAGUUAUCAACGCCCUUACCGGCCGUCUGGGUGGCUCACAAACCGCCUGUCCGACUGGUGCUGAAGCUGGCGUCACUACUAGCUUACGGGAAGUCAAGCUAGACAAAAAACUUAAGCUGCUAGACUCUCCUGGUAUCGUCUUCCCCGGCAACAGUAGUCAGGGUGGUUCAAAAGACGACCAAGCACGCCUCAUCCUCCUAAAUGCCGUUCCACCAAAGCAAAUCCUCGACCCGGUACCCGCAGUCGCCCUUCUCAUCCGCCGAUUAUCCACAUCCCAGACCCUCUUCAACAAACUCCUCGACCUUUACAACCUCCCUCCCCUCGUCGGCACUACUACCACAGAUGUCACAACAGACUUCCUAAUCCAGGUCGCACGAAAGCGUGGGCGAUUAGGGAAAGGAGGUAUCCCCAACAUCGAAGCAGCGGCAAAGGCCGUCAUAAUGGAUUUGAGGGAUGGAAGGAUUCAAGGCUGGGUUGAUCCCCCGACCGCACUCCAUAACACCCUCAACCAAGGCGUUAAACCGACUACCGUUGCCAUAACGACCGACGAUCAGAAAGAGAUCGUUAAAGAGUGGGCCAAGGAGUUUAAAUUGGAUGGGCUAUGGGAUGAGGAUUGUAAUGAAGAAGGACAGAGCGAGGAGAUGGAGAUGCAAGAUUGA